GGCUCUCCAGCAGAGGGCACAGGGAUAUUUGAUGCAGCCCCUGCACGUCCACCCUGUCGGCGCACUGUAUCUGCUGUGCGAGUAACUCCUUUGAGGACCAUGAAGAGCUCCCCUGAUCUCAUGCCUACUGAGCUGGACCCUAGCCGUGUUUGCAAGGGCAAGGGUGCUGUUACUUUGAGGGCUACACUAGUGCACAUUGAUGAUGAGGACGGCACAAGCCAAGAGCUUUCCAAGAACGCUGCCAAAAGUGGAUGGCUUGGUGCGGUCAAUGGAGAUGCCACAGAAACAAGUCUGACUGAGAGAAGUGUAAACAACACCGGAGCUGAUUUAAAUUCAACUCAAGUCGAUGAGACACCAACAAAGGUGGACUCACCUGUAAGUGAGAGUGAGUCUCAGCUCUCGUCCUGCCUUGAUCUGCCGAGUGCUGUUACCUCAUCAGCCAAAGUGUCCUCUUCAUACCCCCCCACCAGCAGCGUCAACCCGACAAUCGUCUUGCUGCAGUACAGCAGAGAAGCUGUGGCGGAGCAGGGCAGUGGUCCUAAUCAGAGCCCUGCCGUCAGCCAGAAUAAAUCUUCCUCUGAGACUCCAGCAGACAUGGAAGAAAAGAGAAUAAGACUGUCUGAACAUUCAGCUAUCUCAGCACCCAGAGUCCCAGUGCGGAACACAGAGCUGUCAAAGGACUGGUACAGAAACAUGUUCAAGCAGAUUCACAAAGUCCCUGAGACUGUCGAGGAAAAUCCAUAUCGUCCCACCUACAUAUUUCCAGAGAGCAAUGACAGGCCACUGAAAACCAGAGAUGACAGGCCAUCAUAUGGCGGUGAGGAUGUGCGGACAGUCCCUCGCUCCAAGAGUGCUGUAGACAUGGGGAGCUCCAGAGGACAGCUGCCUGUACCAACACGCACAUCUUCCCUAAAACCUCAGAGGAAUGAGUGGGAGCCCCCUGACAAGAAAGUAGACACCAGGAAGUACCGCGCCGAGCCCAAGAGCAUAUUUGAGUACGAGCCAGGAAAAUCUUCAGUGCUGAAGCUGGACAGAGCGACUCAAGACAUAAGUCCAGAAGAUGUAGAUUUAGAGAAUGAGCCUUGGUACAGGUUCUUUUCUGAGAUGGAGUUUGGCAAAGCGAGUGCCCCCUCUUUCAGCCCCUUGGAAACAUCUUCCGACCUACAGCAAUACUCAGCCUGUAAAGCAGGCAACGGUGAAGUGGAGAAGGACAGCUUGUCUGCCAGUGGGCAGGCAGCUCCGGAAUGUGAUCGGCACAUUUACAAGAGUGUCCUGGAGGGCGGCGACAUCCCACUGCAGGGCCUGAGAGCGCUAAACAAGCGCCACCCCAGCACUUCUUCUAAAGUGGAUUAUAAAGGUGGGAAUGGCUGUAUGAUUUCAUCCUGCUCUUCUGUAAAUACUCACUCAGUUCUUACCACUAAUGCACUAGCUUCUCAAAAUAAGACUAAAAAGUCCUUGUCUGCUGCCAAAGCCUGCAUCCCUCAAAUCCUUCCCUCCAAGUUUAAACCCAAGCUAUCGCCCUCUACUGAUGAGAGCCUGGAAAGACGAACUGAGCCAACACAGCAGCGGCCUAAAGCGCACAGCUGCGAGGAUCUGCAUCACGAGGCUUGUGGCUCACGCAAUGGAGAUACGACAGACACCGAUCACAGGUUAAACUCAGCUUGCAAGUGCAAAGGUUCACCUGAGAGCAGGAACCUGCAUAAAAAUGGACCUGUUGUGGGAUCUGUGAGGAGCACAGCCGAGUUCUCCACCCUCUAUCGGAACAUGCACAACAUUCAGAGGCCGAGCUCCCUGGGCUCCAGCCCCCAGGGUAGUGUCCGUUGCCUGGCUUCCUUUUUUGAGAAGCCGGGCGAUGACAUUACUCUGGAGAGGACUGAGAUUGUCCCCCGGGAUUCUGUCACAUUUCGAGUGAUGGAGUUUGAGAGUAUCAUUCAGCGUUCGAACUCUGCGCCCACUCGUUCCACCUCGAUGCCCAUACUCCCCAGUAACCCAAGUCCGCCCCACAGCCCUGCACCGGCCUGCUUUCUCCAGUCUGCUCUGUCAGCUGAGACUCUAGUCCUGUCAGGGCCUGAGGACUGUCCAGCUUUGAAUAAAAAGGCCCAGACGCCCAAAGAGGAAGCUUAUGUAUCGGACAAGUGCCCAAACACCACAAGAACUGACUUCCCACUGGAUCUAAAUGAGGGCAAAUUGGAGGAGAAAAACAGUUGCAUUCAUGACCCUGCCAAAGAGACUCCAUUUGGCGGUACCUCAGAACCCACAGGUCACCACCACCACAAUCACUUCCCCUUCCACACCAAACAGAGCAAGUGUAAAGGCACCUGCCCAGCUUCCUACACACGUUUCACCACAAUCCUCAGGCAUGAGCGCCAACAGGCCAACACCCAGCAGGAGAAGAAGUGCACUCCCCCCAGGAACUUGCUUCUGAUGGGACCAGCACCUUUCUCUUUACGGAGGUCCCUACACAGUCAACAGGCCAAAAAGACUUGUGCAUUCUCUGCCAUGAAGCCCAUGACUGGAGAUGUCAUCUCGGCCAAACUGAAGCCUUUGAUUCCCCAGCGCCUGUCCUCUUUGGAGGUGCUGGAGAGGCUCAGUAAUGGAGACAGCUCUCCCUGUGAGGGGUGCAACUCGGAUGACCUCAUGGAUGCGGAGGGCUCAGAAGCCAGUAAAGAUCACUCUGAAGAAUCGGAUUCCUCACAUCCAUUAAACCAAGGAGAUCAUGGAGAAAACUCAGACGAGGCCGUCCGGAAACGCUACGGAGAUAAAGAGAAAAUUCUGGAAGAGCAGAGACGUUUAAAGCGAGAGCAGGAAGAGGCAGAUACAGCCGCUCGGAGACAUGCUGGGCUGGUUGUGACUCAUCAACAGUUCAUAACUAAUGACCGCUUCGGCGACCUGCUGGUUAUUAAUGAGAAAGAGAAGAGAAAAACCAUAGAGAGGACUCCUGCUCUGGCUCAAUUCGACUUCAGAGCAGAAAGUUUAAAGGAACUACCAUUUCAAAAAGGAGACAUUGUAUACAUCUACCGGCAGGUUGAUCAGAACUGGUUUGAGGGUGAGCAUCAUGGGAGAGUUGGGAUUUUUCCACGUAGCUACGUUGAGAUCUUGCCCCCUACAGAAAAGGCUCAGCCCAAAAAGAGUGCUCCGGUCCAGGUGCUGGAAUAUGGAGAGGCUAUUGCUCGAUUUAAUUUCACUGGUGACACUGCUGUUGAAAUGUCUUUCAGAAAGGGGGAGCGUAUUACACUGAUUCGCAGAGUAGAUGAGAACUGGUAUGAAGGCAAGAUUUCUGGCACUAACCGGCAGGGCAUCUUCCCCGUCACCUACAUAGAGGUGCACAAGAGACCCCGAGUGAAAAAUGGAGUGGACUACCCUGAUCCCCCUAUCAGCCAGUCACCUCACCGGAGCACUAAUGCCUCUCCACAGCCCAGAUGUAAUCGGGUCACCACCUCCCCUCUCCCUCUGCCGCGGUCUCCCCGCCGCUCAAUCUCACCCGAAGUCCACGCAGUCUCCAACGAGUGGAUUUCGCUCACUGUGGGCGGAGUCAGCAGCAGCCCACCCGCCGCACCCACCCCACCCCUCCCCCCUCUGCCAAAUGCUUCGUACCGCUUGGGCGAAUAUCUGUCCCCUUCUAUGUCAGCCAGUCCUGUGCCUCCCGUCAGCGGCAGCCCCUACUGCGUCUCCCCAAUGGCUUCUCCCUCCACAUCUCCUUUACCCCCGCCCUAUCCGCCCCGCCCCUGCUCGGCCACCCCGUUCCUCACCUUCACUCCACCUCAAGGCGAGGACUUCCUUCUUUCUCCACCCUCUCCCCGCCUGUCCCGCAGCCUGAGUCCCUGUGGGGGUGCUGGGCUUGAGGGUUGGCUUACUCGGGGCAACAGGCUGGAUCAGGAGUUUCAGGAAAGGGAUGGGGCUGAAAUAGACAGGGCUGGCAGCCUGCGCAAGGCCCCUUACAGCAGGAACAAUAGUCCGGCAGAGCCAUUAAGAAAUGAUGUAGAAUAUUACGGCCGAUCUUCAAGAAGUCCUGUCAUGCUGUUUGACAUUCAAGACAACAACAUGAAUGCCAAUUCAUUCACGCAACCCCUGUCCCAGAGCAGCAGUCCUGAGCCUGGACGCGUGAGCUGUGGGAUAUUUCAGGCUUUGUACAAUUACAUGCCUCAGAAUGAUGAUGAGUUGGAGCUGCAGGAAGGAGACCUGGUCAGUGUCAUGGAGAGAUGUGAUGAUGGCUGGUUUGUGGGUACAUCCAAGAGGACAAAACAGUUCGGCACUUUCCCAGGAAAUUAUGUGAAAGCUGUUAAUUUGUGACAUGAUACUUUUGAAGAAAUAAUGGUUUGAAUGAAGAGAUUCUAACACUAUGCUUAAGCAGCCUGAUCCAUUUGGGACACUCUACCUGUUGACGUCAAAUGAAGACUAUUUCUCCCCUCCAAAAUUUGGUCUUUCCCAGAUGAAUGUCCAGGUAUGUGAUCAUAAGGUGUGCGGCAUGUCAGCAAAGAACACGCAGUUCAACUGUGCUACAGUGGCUGCAUUUGUUGAAGGAUUUAGAAGAAUACAUUAUUUUUGCUUUUUGAAAAUGUACAGACUCCACUAAAAGCCAUUAAUAUGAAGUAUAUCAGACUUGGAGAAGGUGUUUAAGUUUACAGCUGCGAAUUGUACAACUUCAUCACAUACCUGACAUUUCUGAAAAACAUGAAAUUCUACUAUUUAUUUUUGCUAUAAAAGUUUGAUGGUCUUGAGUGUGAUUGUUAGAGACGACAGUGUAUUGAAAGCACCUGAAGGUGUCCGUAUUAAGGGUUACAGGUCAGAGAAGCUGUGAAACCAUCAGAAGUUAGGUUAGCCAUUUUGAAAAGUGUUUAAAUUACAAUUUACACUCCCAUUGUGUAAAAAAAUGCAUAUUUAUUGGGCCUUUUUUUACAAAAAGAAAAUACUCUUUCAUGAAGAGUAUGAUGUAAAUUUCUAUUCUGAUGGGGGCUCAAAGGAUGAGACAACAACAUUAGUAUUUGCGAAUCCAAGCAAAGCUAUUUGUAGACAUCAAAAUGAUGUAAAUCAGUGUUGGUCAUGUUAAAGAGGAUAACGUCACAGCACUUACUGUACUCUCAGAUUAUACUGACAUACAGAAUGAUGGUAACACUUUACAGUAAGGUCUGAUUUGUUAACAUUUAUUAAUUUUAUGAGACAUUAAACUGAGUUCCUGACUGUGGGUGUAUAAAUCCUAGAAUGUCCCUCGAAAAGAGUAACGUGGUGCUCUGAGUGUGUAGAAAAGUGCUUUAUAAAUGUGACAAAUUAUUAUUAUUACGAUUUAUUUGAAUGUAUUAACAUGAACUAACUAUGAGCAACUAUUGUUGACAAAUAAAACCUUAUUGUAAGAUGUUACCACAUUUCUGUUCAUAAGAUUACGAUGGAGUGACCGACUUUAGAAACUCCAGAUCUAACAAGCUUUUUAAUUGGUUAAAAACAACAACAAUCAAGCUUUAAGCGUUAUGUAAUAUAGUGAGGUGAAGGGCUACGACUAAACCCCACUAAACAGAUGCUUUGCCUCAAAACAUGCUAUUUAUUAGUGCAUAUUUUGCUUUUUCAGUCAUCCAUUUUAGAAUUGGUUGUUCUGAAGAGUGUUUCACGAGUCUGAGGCACAGUAUUUUCCUCCGAUAACAAGCCUUGAUAACAUCUUAACCCAGGUACCAUUUGACAGUGACAUUUACAGUGUUAUGACUGGUAAUAUGGUUGCAUGUUGGGAAACGAUGAUCCAUAUAAGAUUGCUGUACCUCAUUUUCAAAGUGCCAUUCACAGUAGAGGAUGCUACAUGUGGACCGUUGUGUUCAUUUAGUUAGGUAGUCACCAUUGAUUAACUUGUGGUCUUCCUUAACUGAAUCUAGUUCACAUCUACUCCAAAUUGUAGAUUUGCUUUUGCUUCCUUUUAAGAAGUAGAGUUGCAAAUUUGAAGUUACAGGUUAGGAUUUCUCCUUCAGAUGAAAUUGAGUCUUUUUGAAUCUCCCCUUUAGUUUUAUAAGCUCCAUUCCAUGCAAUGCCAGAGAACGUGCUGCUAGAGAGCAUGAGGGUCAUCUGAGACGCUUACGCUUACCAGCCUUCCAAUUCAAAACGAGAAUUUGGAAAAGAUCAUUUGGACAGAAAUGAGUCAUUAAAAGUUUCUAGAUUAUAUAUUUUUAAUUUUUUAAACCAGAGGUUGUUGCUAAAACAUCCCUCAAGAAGUAAUCACAUAGAAGAUUAACAAGGAAUUCAGAUACAUAUAUAUGUGAUCUCUAUAGGAUAUGAUGUUUUGGCCUUUCAAACCGUUAUAAGAUAGCGUAGAAUAUCUGAAUGUAGUACUCUGAGAAACUUUUAACAUGGAUGUGAACACAGUUGAAAUUCAGUUUUCCUUAUUCUGUCAGAGUUGUAAAUAUGUAAAGUAAAAUUAAUUAAAGUGAUCGAAGUUACAGCAACCUCUAUGAAUAUUACAGUUUAUAUUAAAUGAAGAAUAUUAGGAAAGCACAGAUAUUUGCUUAACACAGGCCGUCUCAUAUGAUUGAAGGAGUGAUUCUGACACUGUGUUGGGAUUGAAAUGCCUUUCUGUCUCAUGGCUUCAUUGAACUGUGCCUCAAUUUAUUUUAUUUGUUUGCCUUGAGGUAAGCACGUUACUUUUUAAGGACUUUUAAAACUAUAUUUUAGUGUGUCACAGGAGACAAUUACUGAGUUCGUUACCGCAAUCACAUGAGUUGUUCAAGAGUGUGAGAUGACACCUGAGAUGUUUAAUGUGUAAGUAUUACUUUGUGGUCUGUAUGCAGAGGCGAAUUUUGCAUUUUUUGUUUGUUUUUGUUUAUUUGCAGUGCUGUUAAUUACAAUGAAUUUAAAACACUAUUUACUGCUGUGAUUGCCUCAUUAUGCAAUAUUUAAUAAACAAUAUUACAGCUUUUGA